AUGAAACGCAUUAAAGUGUCUAUUACGAGGGAAAAACGCACUCGCGAUUACGUUCCAGAGCAAGCUAUCUCGUUCAACGACGAAGAUGCUGAGGGCGUCGUACAACCUCACAACGAUGCACUAGUAAUAUCUAUGCCUAUCAAUAAAUCUUGGGUUAAACGUGUGUUGGUUGAUCCAGAUAGCUCGGCCAACAUCAUCAGAUCAAGGAUCGUAGAGCAACUGGGGUUACAAGAUCAAAUUGUACCGGUGGACCGGGUAUUGAAUGGGUUCAACAUGGCAUGUGAGACCACAAAAGUAGAGAUAACUUUGCCGGUAAACACAGCCGGGACAACCCAAAAAAUGAAGUUCUACGUGAUGGAAGGGGAUAUGAGGUAUAACGCUUUGUUCUGA